AUGCUUGUGAGAGUGCCAUGCCGAGCUGACGCGCUUGCUUUCUCUCCAGACGAUGAUGGAAACGAACAAAACACGCUCAACGCACCGUUCCCACCUGGCAAGGAACGGUAUGAAGACGGCGAGAAGCGGCCGUUUAUCUGCCCAGUUCGAGAUUGCAGGGUCCUUUCUGAGGUUUUGUUGUCGAAUCACUUCCAUGGGAAACACAACCGCGGGUUGUUCAACGACAAUGGUGAUGGAACAUUCUCCAAGAUUGGCAGCUACGAAAAUGAGGGGGUGAGCUCGCCUGGUAUUAUCGUGUCUCGCGAAGCUCUACCGCCCGGAGCGCCGCCGCCUGCAGAGCCCAAUUGGAAAUCCCGAGGGAAAUCUUCCAGCAAGAAGAGUCCUCCUACGCCAAGGACAAGCAUCCCCCCCGUUCUGCCGUCAACGCGACAAGCGCCGCCACCAACGGCACCGCCUGCUCAGCUUCUGCGGCCACCGAUAACGGACGUCCUUCGGUAUUUGCACAGUCAUCUCUCGCCCGCUCAGCAGGUGCCUUCCCGGCCAGACGUCUUAGCACUGUCAAAGUACAAACAGGCUCGUAACGUACCGGGCCUAUGGUGGGAGCAUCAUCAAGGUAAGACGCUUGAUCCUCUCAGCUACGCCUGUAUCCUAGCAUAUCUCGUGGGCAGAGCGGAGGAGAUCAACCCUUGCCGCCGAUGGAAGGGCAUAUCGCGGCUGGCCGAGCCGUGUGUGGCUUUGCCUUCAGAUUUACCAACCGAGGCCAAAGCUGCCUUUAGCAAAACGGAGACUUGCGUUGCAUGCCAAUACCAGCUCUCUUGUUAUCGACUCAAGAACGAGUGCGAAUGGGGCAACAGGGAUGAUGAGGGCCUUGAUUCCACUACCGAAGGGGUAGAACCACAGCAAAACCACGAACCAGCCACUACAAACGGUUACAGCGACCAAAUGGACUUGGAUGAUGGCAGCGCAGGCAACGGCAUGGCUCCCAAGUUGGACGAUUAUGCGUCACAGACGACUGGGCAAACCAACGGUUUCCAGUCUUCGACAACGCAGCCUGAGCAGGACGCCGCUGAGACGACUGCUCCGAAAACAUCCACAUAUUCUCGCAACCUCUCCUCGGCUGAGGUCGAAGAUAUAGAAAAGAUGGAAAACUGGGAGAUGGCACCGGGUACGACAAAGGAUGAAGAGACAAACAGAAAUACCAUCUUUUCUAAUGCCUACGUGGCCAGCCAAAGCCCCAUUACGAUAUCACCGCGUUAUGGCCUCAACGUACUCACGUUGAAGCCAGGGCACAGCCAUCACUGGCCUGUAGAGGCGAGCAAAGCGCGCUCCUGCUUUGUCCAUUCCGGGAAGAUCAGCGUCAAGAUUGGGGCGGGCGAGCCCCGAGGCACCGCUAUGGCUCCAGGCGGCAGAGCCCCGUUACGGAGACCUCGACUUGGAGGACAUGGAGCCUCGCCCAACCGCACCCAGAGCCUGACCGUCCCCCGUCCGACCACGCCCUAUCGCAGCAAGUCCGCGAGGACGUUUCCGCCCGGUACCUUGUCCGACACCGACGAGACGGAGCUGAAGCCCGAGGAUGGCAGCGAAGAGCGCGAGAAGCCGCAGGACGGCGCCGUGGAGCACCUGCGCUUCACGCUGGAUCCCGCCGGCCGGCGGACGCACGACCAGACGGGCGUCGACAUCGUCACCGUGCCGUGCCCCGGCGCGGACGCGCUGCGCAGCUGGAACCGCGACGGCCUCAUGGGGCGCUACUUUGGCAACCUGUCGAUGAGGGACGUCGAGGUGCGCAACGAGGCGGACCGGCGCAGCCCGUCGUGGGUGCGCGAGGGCAUCCGCCGGGAGGCGAGCAGGGCGCGGAUCCUGCUGUACGAGCACCCGGGCGUGCGGGAGGGCACGACGCUCAACUCGCUGGCGAUGGCGCUGCUCGAGGAGCUGCGCGCGCUGCGGACGGCGGAGAAGAGGGGGGACAGGCCGCUGCUGUUCAUCGCGCAUAGCAUUGGCGGGCUGGUGGUGAAGAUGGCGCUGGUCAAGGCGCAUACGGAUGCGCGGUACAGCGACAUCUUACACGAGUGCUACGGAGUGGCCUUUUUCGGAACUCCGCAUCAGGGGUCGAGCUACUUUGCCAUGCAGGCCCUGGCGGGGAGCAUCCAGCACUUGCUUCAGCUGUCGGCCCCCUUGCCUGCUUCUCUGACGGACCAGCUGCGUAUGGGAAACCCUCUCCUCCUCCAUGUCGAUGAGGACUUUAAGCUUGUGUCCGACGACCUUCGCGUGUGGACGCUGUUCGAAACCAUCGACUCUCGCCUGUCUGCCAACUCAGGGGACCUUUACUACACUGCGCCCCUCACGUCCCCAAAGUCAGCCAUCCUCGGAAUGCGCCAGGAGCGCAUCUUCCCCCUGCAGAGCGACCAUGCCAACGUCGCCUCGUUUGGGAGGCACAACGCGCGCAGCCUGAACGACUUUCUGAAGCAACUGGUCAAGAUCAUCGACAAGGCGGAUUCCAGCGCCAAGGACGAUUCCAACGGAUGCAAAUGGACGCUUCACUUGGACCAGAAGGUGGCGGUCGAGGUCCAUGGCUUUUUCGACGAAGCUGGGACGCUGGACGGAGCCGUGAGGGCGUGGUCGACGCGGUUGCCGCUCAAGGACUUUCUGGACAAAGGGCCGGAAGCUUGUCUGAGUGAGCGGCUGAACGAGGCGGAGAUCCCGCCAGAGGAGGGCAGGUUCCUGGCCGUGAGGGGGAGGACGGGCCUGGUCGACAUGGAGGGACCUCCGACUGACGUUUCGUUUCCCCCCGACCCCAUGACGGUCAAGAACGCCUUGGGGAUCAACCAAGGUGAGCAGGUACCUCACCAACAGCCUGCUCUGCCUCGCAACCCGUUUGACGAGCCGCCGUCUUCAAUGACGCCAGUGCCUCCGUCGCCACUCAUCCUCCCCGUCGACUCUCCUCGAGCCAGACCGAGGAGGAGCACGGAGUCCGCACCUAUGUCAUUGGUCUUACAGCGUGAUGCUGUGCCCUUGGCAUCUUCGCCUCCUUCCCGACCCAUCUCGCUUCCCCCUAGACAGUCGACGCCUUUCAGCAAGCCAUCUCCUCUCUUGCGUGCAAGCCUAGAACAGGAACUCGCCAUAGACCGCCUGUCGCCUCCCGUGAGGGUACGGCUGAGGCCAAACUCCUUCAGCCGCAACUCCUUCACUCGGUCAAUGAGUCUCGACAGCCAGGCGGGUGGUGCAACGCCUCCUCGUCCUCGCGAAUACCCGCCCAUCUCACAGCGGAGCCGCAGCACAUUUCACAAAGCGUCUCAUGAUGAAGAUGGGGAUGAGAGUGAUGACGACGAGGGGCUUGAUACGACUCCUAAGCUGCCCGAAAGCAUUGUCGAAGUCCGAAAAUUGGCAAAGGAAAGGAAGCACAGAGGCAGCGGGAGCGCCACUGUGGACGAGAGUGCUGUUGUGGACGAGAGCGACGCUGCGGACGAAGUGGUUCAUGGCGCCUUGACGAGGCCACAGGCCAAGGCGCGCAACCCUAUUCCCUUGCUUGGCGAAGACGACCAGAUGGCCAUAUGCCUCUUUCUUCCGUACCUGCACUUUGACUCGUACAAGAGGCUCAUUCGCCGACGCGAACUGAUUUCAAAGCGCCUGGCUCAUGGAAGGGCCAGGCCUAUUCCUGAAUCCGUGGCCAAGUCGGACUCCCUGGAGUUGCAAGUCAUUUGGGAGUUUCUAGGACAUGACCCGCCCAUUAACUGCCGGCGCACGCUGGACCAGUUUGGGUACCCGUCACUGAGGGAUACACGCUCACGAGAUGAUGACCAGAUGCUGUACAAGCUGACAAAGGAGCGGUAUCGCGACCCGUCAGAGUAUCAGGGGCUAUUCAACCAGUCUACUAGCGACGUCGGAUCCGGGGGGAGCAGCAAUAAGAGCGGCAGUGGAAGCGGAAGUGGCAGCGGAGGCAGGAGUGGUGCCAGUCACGCAAGCUGGCGGGACAAGCUGACCAAGGAAGCCGAGGAGAAUGGCGAGGAGGAGACGGAGAAGGAUGUGCUGAAUGGAAACGUGCUGAUGGUGGACCAGCUAUGGCUCUGGACGAUUUCCACCCAUACGCUGCUCUCCUUCUUCCCCAAGCGAGAGAGCGAUCCCCUCGAGGGGCCGCUGUAUCAACAAGCAGAUCUCCGUGACAGCAUCUUCAACGACGUCAAUGUGGAUCUAACUCGGAUUUGCGAUAACGCUCUGGACCUUGCGGCAUUGGCGGCCUUCCAUGCGGUGAGCGUGCUUCUUGACCGGUCGUCUCAUCCCGAUUUGGAGGUUUUCCGCAUCUUCGAAGAAGCCAUAAGCGUCUUGACUGAAAAACUCACGACAUCGCUGAAGGAGUUCCGCUCAGAGGGGUUCCGCGACAAGGCUUUUGACUACGAGCCAGUGGAGAACAAGGCUCGCUCGAUCCGACAACGGCAUCAAGAGGAAGGACGACGGGCCGAGCGGGAGAACAGAGACAAUACGUCGGCACUACUGGAACUUCGGGACAUUGAAGAUGAGCUGGCAACGCUGCUGAGUCUUUUCGAGAGACAGACCAGAGUCAUCUCGUCGAUGCACGGCAUCUACAACCGUCCAGAGAUGCAAGCGCACACGGUCCAUGGGAGGAAGUUCCUCCACGAGGCGCUGAAGCGGCUGGCCGAGUAUAGCCAUACGACGGAGGAAAUGGUGAAGAGAGUGCGGAACACGCGGGACGAGUACGACAAGCUGCUGCAGAUGAUGCAGCGCCAGGCGCAGGUCGACGAGGUGCGGCUGAGCAGGCUGCAUGCGGAUCUCGCCAGCGCGCAGAGCCGAAGCGUGCUCAUCUUCACCACGUUUACCGUCAUCUUCCUGCCGCUGCAGUUCUUCACGGGCAUCUUUGGCAUGAACACGCGCGAGUGGGGAGGGGGCGACAACCUGCCACUGCGGACGAUUGGCGUAAUUGGCAUCCCGGCGAGCGUGGUCCUGAUCAUCGUAACGCUCGUAAUCGCUUGGAGCACGACUGCGCGACGUUUCUUCAAGUGGAUCGGCAGGAACUACAGCUACGCAAUGUUCUGGCUGUACCAGACGCUGGGAAAGCCCGUGGCGAAGAAGGCGAUGAAGCUGGCGGCGAAGAUUGCACCGGUGAGAAGGCAGGGGACCGCGAGGAGCGAGGAGCGAGACGCGAGGCGCCGGCUGAGCACGGAGAUGAGCGACUUCUGGGAGAGGCAUAGGCUUGAGAGGGAGAGGGGGUAUCGGAUUCCCGAGGUGAAUCGGGUGCCUGGGCAGAGCGCCAGAGCAGGAGAGAGGGCGAGGUUGAGGAAGACUCUGGGGAGGUGA